UCCAACCUUGAAGGCACACAAGCUAAGUACAUCAUCCACUUAAUUACUCUUUCUUCAUUGCCUCUUUCUCUGGUCAUUUCUUCUUAGUGCAUUGAUUGAUUUCUUCUCUCAUGGAAGAAGAAACAAACAAUUACAGUCCUCCAUCAACAGAGCAACAAUAUCAUAGAAGAUCACAACCUCAAACUAAUCUCCACUCUCACCAAGACAAUAAUAUGGUCCCUCCCACCAAGAUUCUCUUGAUAAUCUUACCCAUUAUCAUUGUAAUCAUGAUCAUAUCAAUACUUCUCAUCAUAGUCAUGCUCCGACGGUUGAAAUCUGCAAAAAAUGACAAUUCCAAAGGCUGCAGUACUAGCAACAAUGGAGAUUGCAUGUUUAUGAGUCACAGCAUUGUAAGCAUCAAUGCUAGUCCAGAUGAUGGGAAGGGAAGAUGUUUAUAUGGAGCAAAUUCAGUUAGGGUUCCUACUGUAAAAGUGAGAGGAGUGCAGGUUUUCACUUUUAAAGAAGUUGAAAUGGCAACUGGAAAAUUUAAAGAUGGAAAUGUUAUUGGAAAUGGAGGUUUUGGUGUUGUUUACAGAGGGGUAUUGAAAGAUGGAACUGUAGCUGCAAUUAAGAGGCUUCAUAGAGAAGGAAAACUAGGGGAACGUGCAUUCAGGAUUGAGGUUGACUUACUAAGCCGGUUACAUUGUCCCUACUUGGUGCAACUACUUGGCUACUGUGCAGACCAACACCACAGGCUCUUAGUAUUUGAGUUCAUGUCAAAUGGUAGCCUACAAAGUCACCUUCAUAAUUCAAUUAUCCCUUACAGAUCAUCAACUUUGAAUUGGGGGAUAAGACUCCGAAUAGCUCUAGACUGCGCUCGGGGCCUCGAGUAUCUGCAUGAGCAUACGGUUCCAUCUGUUAUUCAUCGCGAUUUCAAAUCGAGUAAUAUUCUAUUGAACCAACAUUUCAGAGCUAAGGUCUCUGAUUUUGGCCUUGCCAAGACCGGUUCCGAUAAAAUCAAUGGUUUGGUUUCUACUCGAGUUUUGGGGACCACCGGUUAUUUAGCACCCGAAUAUGCUUCAACCGGCAAACUCACAACAAAAUCUGAUGUAUAUAGCUAUGGUGUGGUUUUAUUGGAGCUUAUAACAGGUCGUGUACCAGUCGACACCAAACAGCCUCCUGGAGAACAUGUUCUUGUUUCAUGGGCUCUUCCAAGGCUAACAAACAGAGAAAAAGUAAUGGAAAUGGUAGACCCAUCUCUUCAAGGACAGUAUUCAAGGAAGGACUUAAUCCAGGUAGCAGCCAUUGCAGCAAUGUGUGUUCAACCAGAGUCAGAUUAUCGUCCCUUAAUGACAGACGUGGUGCAGUCUUUAAUUCCUCUCGUGAAGAACAACUCGACUCCGUGUUCAACAAAUUCGAGCCGAUAUAGUCAGAAUGCAAGUCCAAGGUGUUAGGAAUCAAGCUGUUCGAAUUCGUUGUUUCUCCUAUAAUAAUGCACUAUGAAUGAUUUUAUUAUAUAUUUAUAGAGGAAGCAUAUGAGCCAAAAUAUGCUUUAAAUGUCUAAGAAAUAUAUCUGUAAUUCAUUGGUAUCUACUCUUUUUGUAGUUCUAGGUUGAAUAAAUGAAGUGUUUCCUUCUAGAUACA